AACAGACUGGCUGCUACAAUGUUACAGGAGUCUGUACACGGAAGUACACAGUCUCUGUGUCUGGGUGGAGAAACAUGGCUACCGUAGUUCAGAGCUGAACUCGUUCACAUGCUGUGCUUAGUGUGAUCAACAACAGCGAGUGUUCAACUCAGACGAUUGCUGAUAUAACUUUUACAGCUGAGACGUCUUCACUUCACCAGAGUAAACGAACGCAGCGUGUUUAUGAGACGCGUCUCUAAAAUGAAAGAAGAGAUGGAUAUCUGCGCAUCCUCCGCGUCUCUCCUUGAGGAAGAACUCGCCUCUGCUAUCGAGCCUGCAGUGAAAGCGGCUGUGCUGAGCGUCAUGUCUGCAUUAGCAAAGUUCGUGGACAGUAAAUGUGCAGUUUUCAAUCUCAGACUGGACGAAAGAGACCAAGAAUUCGAAAGCGUGAGAUUGCGAUUGGAAAUAGCGGAGAACGGGUUGAAAGCAAUGCGAGACGGAGAAUACACGAACACUGGCGAUAAGAACUUCACACAGUCUUUCACAAACACUGACACACAAUACCACGGGAGCGACAGUAUUAUUGCUCACGGGCUGCCGGCGCGGGAUUUCUCCACUCUUCCAGUUCAGCCAGUCAGGGAUCCGGUGCCUGCAGUCAACACCGCACUGAAAAACUCCCGGGUUUUAAUCCAGGAGGAUGGAAGCUAUUCCGAGCAGGACCUGCUGAUGCGAGGUGAUGACUCUGAACAGAGUCACACAAGCACAGCGGGGUGGAGAAGAGCACUGAAAGGUCCUGCAGAGAGAAAUGCUCCUCCUCAUGCUGAGGAAGGGUCGAAGGCAGAAUCAGUUCCCAUUCAAGAGGAGCUCUUUGACCAGGAAUGGUGCAGGAGUCCAGAGCAGACUACAGAGCUGACAUCUAUUGAAGGGGAGAAUGAGCCACAUGCACUAGAUCCUGUCCACAUUAAUGAAGAGAUCCCUGGAAUUGAACCGGUCAUCAUUAAAGAGGAGGUUCUUGAACUUGAAUCUGACCCCAUUGAAGAGGGGGGUGCUGACCACUUUGAAAAACUGCAGCAAAUUCACAUGGGACAGAAACUGCAUCUCUGUACUGUUUGUGGGAAGAGUUUCAAACAAGCAUCACAGCUAAAAGCCCACCAGCGAAUUCACACAGGAGAGAAACCGUAUAGCUGUGAUCACUGUGGGAAGAGAUUCACUCUGUCUACAGACCUGAAAAGACACCAGCGAAUUCACACAGGAGAGAAACCAUAUCGCUGCACUGAGUGUGAGAAGAGUUUCAAACAAGCAUCGCAGCUUAAAGCCCACCAGCGAAUUCACACAGGAGAGAAACGUUAUCAUUGUGAUGACUGUGGGAAGAGUUUCAUUCUGUCUGCAGUCCUUAGAAGACACCAGAGAAUUCACACAGGAGAGAAACCUUAUAGCUGCACUGAGUGUGAGAAGAGUUUCAAUCAGAUGUCCCACCUUAAAUCCCACCAGCGAAUUCACACAGGAGAGAAGCCGUAUAGCUGUGAUCACUGUGGGAAGAGAUUCACCCUCUCAGGAGCACUGACAGUACAUAAGCGAAUUCACACAGGAGAGAAGCCGUAUAGCUGUGAUCACUGUGGGAAGAGAUUCACUCGGACAGGAAAUCUGAUGUCACACCUUCGAGUUCACACAGGGGAGCAGUCGACUCACUGCACUCAAUAAGAGAGAUUUUAUUUUCCACUCCCAGUUGUAAAAGCACACAGUAUCCAGACACUUCACUAGGAACAGUAGCACUGUACCUCCAUCACAAGAUGACUCAGUCUAGUGGAAGCGGAGAGUAUAUAAGACCCUGAGAUGCAAUUGGACUUUUUGAUCCCUUUUUCAAACUAAUCUUGUCUUCUGAUCCCUGAUUGUCUGAGUUAUUAAAAUGUAAAUCCUGGGAAGCACAUGACCGGGCCCUCACGGGUCGGAUAGCCAGCGGAGAAGCACCCGUACCGUAUCGAGCCCUCAAGGGUUGGAUAGCCAGCGGAGAAGCACCCGUACCGUAUCGAGCCCUCAAGGGUUGGAUAGCCAGCGGAGAAGCACCCGUACCGUACCGAGCCCUCACGGGUCGGAUAGCUAGCGGAGAAGCACCCGUACCGUACCGAGCCCUCACGGGUCGGAUAGCCAGCAGAGAAGCACCCGUACCGUACCGAGCCCUCACGGGUCGGAUAGCCAGUGGAGAAGGGGUAGAAGACCCUGAGAUGUAAUUGGACUUCUUGAUCCCUUUGUCAAACUGAUCUUGUCUUCUCUCUGAUUGUCUAAGUUAUGAAAAUGUAAAUCCUGGGAAGGACUUGUCUGAUUUUUUGCAUGGAUGUAUAUUAUAGUUUCAUGAAUACAAGCUUCAUUUAAUUCAUACUUACAGAGCCUGUCUGUCAGAUUCCUGCCGUUCAACACUGCAGAGAUCACAAAAGUCAAUCACAAAAAUAUAUACAGUUGCAGACAAAAUAUUUGGCCAGUUAAAGAAAAUGUAAAAAAACACAAAAAGGUGAUUUCUAUAAUUUCAUUUUUUUUCUAUUAAAAUAGAUCUAUUAUAGUCGAGAUUUAAUUGUAAAAUAAAACAAAUCAUUGCAUAACAUGCAUACAAUGAAAAAUAAGAUGCAAAAACAAAUUUCAUACUUUAACAAAAGUAUUUGGGCAAUCAACAUAUUUCUUAUGAAACCCAUUCGUUGCUAAUUAUUGACAAUUAUCAUGAUUGAAAACCAACACCUGAGGCUAAUUAUAUAAUAAACAAAUACAUAAUCAUCAAGUGGAAAUUUGUGAUUUUAAGAAAUAGUCAGUAGAUAGGACCUAUGUGUCAAAUGAUAAAAGGACAGACUAGAAUUACAAAAACGUCUAAAACUCACAUACAUCUGAUAUUUAAUAACAAACCAGAACAUGUCACAAAGUCAUAGUAUUUGGUGACUGGGCUCUCGGAUCAUAAUAUGAUGUUAAUUGCUAGAAAAUUGAUGAAAGGAUGGCAUGAGAGAGAGAUUUAAAUAUACCCUAAAUGUUCCAGUUGUUUGUACAUUUUGUGACUGUCGUUACAGAUCCUGCGCUGUGUCGGUGAGAAGAGAUGAAAAAACAUGACUGCAGACGAGCCCGGAUUUUUUAUCUAAUACCCUCCUAUUCCUCCAGCAACAUGGGCAGCCCCCAUGUACCCCUAUAUAUCCUUGAGUCUCCCCGUUGCGUCAGGGCCCAAAUCGUUAACGUCUUCCCGCCCCAAAACAUGCUGCAAAACUGUCUCUCUCACACACAAUGCAACCUCUUCACACACGCUAAACACCCUACCCCCUACACAAUUAGAUCCCCUGACACAUUUACACUGUUAGCCCAGUCACAACAAUUACUACUGCCCAGUUACACGAUCAUCCUGCAAAGCUAUAUAUUAAAUUUCAAUCUAUGUAAAAUAGACCAGGGGGACCUGAGAUCCCCCUUAUUUAUUUUUCUACUGUUAUUUUUAUUAUAUACAUUUUUAUUUUAUGUCCUGUUUUGAAAAUGUUUUCAGCGUGGAGAUGGAAGGAAGUGAAAGUAAUCUAAAUGACCUGCCCGCAUCUGAUUCCUAUUUAGGUAUCGUGUCAAUAUUAUCAUGGUGACUCUCUUGGCGUGAAUGGCACACAG